UUUUUUCGUGUUGUUUAUUUAUUGCAUCUAAUUCAAAGCGUAAACAAGAAAAUAGGCGCCCUAAUUUCAUAUCAAUUCAACCCAAUUUUAUUCACUUCAUCUAUAUUUUCUUUCCAUUUUGAAGCGCAAGUACGAGCAGAUUUCAACUUUGGACUCACCAACAAUGGACGACUCGGAAAUGUCAGCAGUUGCGCCUGCUUCUGCUGAAAUCGAGCGCACAGCAGCUUACUGUGAUCCAAACAUUGUCAAGCAGUAUCUGCUAAACCUCGUUCCUGUGCUGCUUGGCGGCCACGGCGACGACGAUGACGAGUUCGAGGCAGUCAGGGCCAUGUUCUCCUUCCCAGACUCCAGCGACAAGUGCCGCGCCUUUGCCAACGACCCAAGUGUACCAGUUCUCUAUGUGCUCAAGGAGAUCGACGGCGAUGACGAGCAGAUGGCAUUCUCGACGGUGCAUUUUGCCCUGGCCUUUGAGCUGUGCUGGAAGCCCACGCAUGCUGGCAGCAUUGCGCUGAUCAAACGCAGCGCGACGCUGGAUCCGUCCAUGACACUGUCGAAGCAGAUCCAGGUGAUGAAUUUGCCGGGUCCUGCGUCUUCGGGCGCUGCCCCGCUGCCGGCUGCCCUGGGCGCUGCCGAUCCGCAUGUGGCCAGCGACGGAGCGUUUGGGUCGGCAGGCGGAUCGAAGGAGCGCAGCACGGCUGUGGCGGCGGCAGCUAUGGGUGGCGUGAACCCCUACGAGGCGCUGCACGCGUACGUGCGGUUUGCGGUGUCGCCGUACUUCAACGCAUACGUGUCGGCAAAGGAGAAGGCCGAGCAACUGGCGAGCCAGAACGCUGGCAGCGACGGGUUCCGCGACGAUAAGGACUCGCAGCAGCAGGGUAUCCCGAUGGCCAAGAAGAAGCUGGCCGAGCUCGAGCUCUCGCUGCUUCACCUGCAGCAGAACAUGGAUAUACCCGAGGUCAUGCUCAAUAUUCACCCGGUCAUUGUGCGCACCGUUGCCGAGUGCCGGCGCCAAGGGGUGCGCACGACGGUGGAUGCUGUCGACCCUGAACUGCUGUCAGACUCAAGCUUCCUGAACCAGCUGCAGGGCGAUGUCAACGGCUGGAUCAAGGAGAUUCAGAAGGUCACCAAGCUCGACCGCGACCCCGGAUCGGGAACAACCAGCCAGGAGAUCAACUUUUGGCUGUCAAUGGAGCGCGCGCUGGAGCGCAUCGAGGACCAGCUGCAGAGCGAUGCCAUUGUGUUGUCGAUGGACGUGCUCAAGGCUGCCAAACGCUUCCACGCGACCGUGUCGUUCCGCACCGACACUGGACUCAAGGAGGCAGCCGAGCGCGUCACCCGCUACAACGUGUUGAUGAAGGACUUCCCGAUCAACGAGUUGCUAUCGGCGACCGACAUUGGGCGCAUCAGCUCGUCAGUUGAGCAGAUCUUUGCGCACAUCAACAAGAAGCUCAAGCUGACGGCGUACCCGGUGCGCCGCGCGCUGCCGCUGGUCGAGGCCAUCUCACGCGACUUUAACGACCAACUGAUCAAGGUGCUGGGCCACGUCAGGCUGACGUACAUGGACUAUAGCGACUUUGAUAAGCUGUUCCGCGAGACACAGGGCGCAUUCGAGGCGUGGGAGUCGCAGGUCAAGGAGUUUGCCAACCUGGCGCGCGAUAUUACACGCAAGCGCAGCGAAAAGUUUAUUCCAAUCAAGAUCCGCGCCGCCCACGCGCCGCUGCAGGAGCGCUUCCACUUUGUGUUCCAGUUCCGCCAGCAGCACGAGCAGCUGCAGCACACGAUCGUCAAGGUUAUGGGCGGAAGCAGCAGCGCCAUUGGUAGCAACGGGUCGGGCGCCAACGCUGGCGACACGGCGGCCAUCGACGAGAUCCGCGUGGCGUACGACGUGGUCAAGGUCGUCGACGUGCUGGACGUCACGCCCGAGGGAACCGACCUGUGGGAGCGCGCCGAGACCAGCUAUAACGAGCGUGUGGCGCGUGUCGAGAACCAGAUCAUUGUGCGGCUGCGUGACCGGCUGGCUACUGCGCGCAACGCGUCAGAGAUGUUCCGCGUGUUCUCCAAGUUCAACGCGCUGUUCGUGAGGCCCAAGAUCCGCGGUGCCAUCCAGGAGUACCAGACGCAGCUGAUCAACUCGGUCAAGGAGGACAUUUUGCGGCUGCACGACACAUUCAAGAAGCACUACCGCCGCUCCGAGGCGUUUGCCAUGUCGCAGCUGCGCGACUCGGCACCGGUCUCGGGAGCCAUCAUCUGGAUCCAGCAGAUCGAGCGGCAGCUGGACAUGUACAUGCACCGCGUCGAGGACGUGUUGGGCAAGGGCUGGGAGCUCUACGCCGAGGGCCAGCGGCUGCAGGCUGACUCGGCCAGCUUCCGCCGCAAGCUGGACACGCGGCCGCUGUACGACGCGUGGUUCACGGAGAUCAGUCGCCGCGACCUGACCGUGUCGGGCCGCGUGUUUUUGGUAACGCGCCAUCGCGCCACCGGCCACGCGUUCCAGCUCAACAUCAGCUUUGACGCACAGCUCAUCACGCUGUUCAAGGAGGUGCGUGAGCUGCUGUGGCUCGGAUUCCAGGUGCCACACACGCUGGUCAACAUGGCGCGCGACGGCAAGCGCGUCUAUCCGUUCGCCGUCAGCCUGAUGGAGACAACCAAGAUUUAUCGCCAGGCCAGCCACCGCCUGCAGCAGCACCCCGACGUGGUGUCACUGGCCGCCGGCUACCGCCGCGAUGUCAUGCUGUGUAUACAGAAGGGUAUGGGGCUCAAGUGGCAGUACUUUGUGACCUCGGCAGGCAUGUACUCUGGCGCCGCUGGCAGCCUGGGCGGAUCUGUCGAUUCGCACGAGAACCGUAACGCGUCGUUUGUGCGCGAGUUCGCAGCCAUUGUGACGCUGUACCAGGAGAAGGUUGAGGCGCUGAUUGCGCUAAACGACGACAUUAACGCGGCCGUUCGGGAGCUGUCUACGUGCCCCUACACGGAGGCCCACUUUAGGGCGAUUUUGGACCGCAUCCAGGCGCUGAUCGACCGGCUUAACCUCGAUAACUAUGCUAAUUUGGAGCAGUGGGUCGGUGAGAUCGACGUGCGCCUCGAGCAGGUGCUGACCAGGCGGCUUUCGCUGGCCAUCCACGCGUGGGUCAAGGAGUUCAACCGCACGCCUCAGCUGGGCGAUGAGAGCGACACUGAGGCCAAUGGCAGUGGUGGCGGCAUGUCGAUGCGUGAGGAGAGCAAGAUUGCGCGGCGUCUGCAGCGCAGCCUGGGUGCGGUUGGCAGCAGGACGGGAGCCAUGCACACUGACGGCGGCGAUGAGCGCAAGGCUGCACAGGAGGAAGAGGUGAAGCCACAGUUGCGCACUCUGGUGCAUGAGUUGCGCAUCCGGAACCAGGUCAUGUACCUUGAUCCGCCGCUGGAGAAUGCUCGCGCCUCGUGGAUUCAGGAGCUGCACUUGUGGCUGGCUGCCAUCUGUCAGCAGCGCCGUCCGCAGGCUGCGCGCUACGAGGUGGUUGCCAAUGCUGACGACGAUCUUGAGUACGACAACUUGACGCUUGAGUUUGACCCUGGCUGCUCUGUGACCACGGCCGGCGACGACCAGCAACAGCAGGCCGCGUCAGCAGCAGUGACAGCUGGCCUGUCGGGUGCCAGCGAACCAUCGUCUUACAAGGACCUUUUGUCGCGAUUGCCCAACAACGGUCUGUUUGAGGCGUACCGCUCGAUCGAGGGCAUGACCAAGCAGGCGGCGUCGUACGUGCAGAUCUGGCUGCAAUACCAGGCGCUGUGGGACCUGCAGACCGACUACGUUCUGCAGUUCCUAGGCGAGGACCUGACGCGCUGGCAGUCCAUGCUGCUCGAGAUCAAGCGCGCGCGCUCGACCUUUGACAAUUCCGAGACUGCCAAGUUCAUCGGCGCACACUGCGUCGUCGACUACGAGCAGGUGCAGAGCAAGGUGAAUGCCAAGUACGACGGCUGGCAGCGCGACAUCCUUAACAAGUUUGGGCAGAAGCUCGGCCAGGCCAUCCGCGACGCGUGCCAGGCAAUUUCAAGCGCGCGGCGCGAGCUCGAGUCGCACUCGGCUGAGUCCAGCACGACAAGCGAGGUCGUGACGUUCAUCACGUUUGUGCAGGAGCUUAAGCGCAAGUGCCCCGGGUGGCGCCACGAAGUCGAGGAAGUGUUCCGCGGUGGCCAACGGGUGCUGGAGAAGCAGCGGUUCCAGUUCCCGUCCGACUGGAUGUACCUGGAUCAGAUCGAGGGCGAGUGGAGCGCCUUCAACGAGAUCCUCAAGCGCAAGAACAAUGUGAUCCAAGAGCAGCUCCCGAACCUGCAGAUGAAGAUCAUUGCCGAAGACAAGGCCGUCGAUGCUCGUAUCAGCAGCCUGUGCGCGGACUGGGAGAAGAGCAAGCCCGUGCAGGGUUCGCUGAAGCCCGAUGUGGCGACCAACACGCUGAACGUUUUCCACCAGCGCAUCACUCGGUCGAUCGAGGAGUAUGAGCAAGUGUGCCGUGCCAAGGAGGCCCUGGACAUGGACAUCUCGCGCGACGAGCGUCUGGCUCCCGUGCUCGAGGAGGUUACCGAUUUGAAGGGCGUGUGGGCCGCACUCUCUGCGAUCUGGCGCGAGGUCGAUGAGCUGCGCGAGACGCCCUGGGUCAGCGUGGUUGUGCGCAAGGUGAGGCAGCAGCUAGACCGCCAUCUGGCCGAGUCUAAGCAGCUGCCAAACCGGAUGCGCCAAUACGCUGCAUUUGAGUACAUGCAGAAGACGCUGCGCGGCCUGCUCAAGGCCAACAUUGUCAUCUCAGACCUCAAGUCAGACGCACUGCGCGACCGGCACUGGCGGCAAUUGUUCAAGGCGCUGCGCGUUUCCGUGGCGGCAAUGUCCGACCUCACCUUGGGCGACGUCUGGGACUUUGACAUUGUGCGCAACGAGACGGUCAUCCGAGAGGUGAUCACGGUCGCGCAGGGCGAGAUGGCCCUCGAGGAGUUCCUCGGGCAGAUCCGCGAGACGUGGUCCGGGUACGUGCUGGAGCUGAUCCCUUAUCAGAGCAAGUGCCGGCUGAUCAAGGGCUGGGACGAGCUUUUUGCCAAGAGCUCAGAGCAGCUAAGCGCGCUGACGGCCAUGAAGGCGUCGCCGUACUACAAAGUGUUUGAGGAGGAGGCCGGCGCGUGGGAGGACAAACUGAAUCGCAUCCACCUGCUAUUUGACGUCUGGGUCGACGUGCAGCGGCAGUGGGUCUACCUGGAGGGCAUCUUUACGAGCUCAGCGGACAUCAAGCACAUGCUGCCGGUCGAGUCGUCGCGGUUCCAGAAUAUCAACAGCGAGUUCCUGGCAGUCAUGAAGAAAGUGUACAAGAGCCCCUUUGUGCUCGACGUGCUCAACCUGCCCAACAUCCAGCGCAGCCUCGAGCGACUGGCCGACCUGCUGCACAAGAUUCAGAAGGCGCUGGGUGAUUACCUCGAGCGCGAGCGGUCGUCGUUCCCGCGCUUCUACUUUGUCGGCGAUGAGGACUUGCUGGAGAUUAUCGGAAACUCGAAGGACGUGCCGCGCAUUCAGAAGCACCUGCGCAAGAUGUUUGCCGGCCUGGCGUUCAUCGAGCUGACCGAGGACAACGCACAGAUCAUCGGCAUGUCGAGCCGCGAGGGCGAGCGGAUCAUGUUCCGCCAGCCGAUCCAGCUCAGCAAGUUCCCCAAGAUAAACGACUGGCUGGCGGCGAUCGAGCGCGAGAUGCGCAUGACGCUGGCCGAUGUGCUCGGGCGCUCCAUCACGCAGCUCGAUGCCGCGGUUGGUGGAGGCGGUGGCAAGCUGGACGCUACGCUGUUCCGCUCGUGGGUUGACGCGACGCCGGCGCAGCUCGUGGUGCUGACCAAGCAGGCAGGCUGGACGCGGCACGUCGAGGAGGCGCUGGCCAGUGGUGGCGGCGAGCAUUUGAGGCGCGUCCUGGCCGACGUUGAGGGCGAGCUGCAGGUUCUGGCUGACGCCGUGCUUGAGGACCUGGUGCCGAUCGUGCGCAAAAAGUGCGAGCACUUGAUCACCGAGCUCGUACACCAGCGCGACAUCGUCCGCAUGAUGCUGGCCAACUCGGUCACUGGCGCACAAGACUUUAAUUGGCUGGUGCAGAUGCGCUUCUGCUACACAGCGCCAGCGUCGACUCCGGCGUCAGAGCAGCAGCUGCUGGAUAGUCUCGUCGUGUGCAUGGGCGACGCGCAGUUCCGCUACGGUUUUGAGUACUUGGGCGUGCAAGAGCGGCUGGUACAGACUCCACUGACUGAUCGCUGCUACCUGACGCUGACGCAGGCGCUGGAGCGGCGCCUCGGCGGAUCGCCCUUUGGUCCCGCUGGUACGGGCAAGACAGAGUCUGUCAAGGCUCUGGCGACACAGCUCGGGCGGUUUGCGCUGGUGUUCUGCUGUGACGAGAACUUUGAUUUCCAAGCGAUGGGCCGCAUCUUUGUCGGGCUGUGCCAGGUGGGCGCAUGGGGCGUGUUUGACGAGUUCAAUCGUCUCGACGAGCGCAUCCUGUCGGCUGUGUCGCAGCAGAUCCAGACGAUCCAACUUGGUCUACGCCGCGGUUACGAGGCCGGCGGCAACGGCAGUGCGGAGAUUGAGCUGCUUGACCACAAGGUGCGGCUGCAUGCCGAUACGGGCAUCUUCAUUACGAUGAAUCCCGGCUAUGCGGGCAGAUCCAACCUGCCUGACAAUCUGAAGAAGCUGUUCAGGUCAUUUGCCAUGACCAAGCCUGACCGCGCGCUGAUCGCCCAGGUCAUGCUGUACUCUCAGGGUUUCCGCCAGGCUGAGCUUUUGGCCAGCAAGGUUGUGCCGCUGUUUAAGCUCUGCGCCGAGCAGCUGUCGCAGCAGCCGCAUUACGACUUUGGGUUGCGUGCGCUGAAGAGCGUGCUUGUGUCGGCGGGUAAUCUCAAGCGCGAGCGCCAGCAGCAGCAGCAGCAGGGCGAGAACCAGAUGGACGUUGAUGGCGGCUCUGGUAGCUCAGCUGUCGAUGAGCAGGGGCUGCUGAUUCAGAGCGUUCGCGAGACCGUGGUGCCCAAGCUGGUGGCACAGGACAUUCACCUGCUGUCGAGCCUGCUGGAGGAUGUGUUCCCGGGUAUUGAAUACCGGCCGGCCAACAUCGAGCGGCUACGUGAGGCCGUGCUAGAGGUUUGCCGGCAGCGUAACUGGGUGCCGGGCACGCGCUGGAUGGACAAGGUUGUGCAGCUGUACCAGAUCCAGGCUAUCCACCACGGUGUGAUGAUGGUCGGCGCGUCUGGCAGCGGCAAGACGUCGGCGUGGCAGGUUCUGCUGGCUGCGCUUGAGCGUCUCGAGGGCGUUGAGGGCGUCAGCUACGUGAUGGACCCCAAGUCUGUGAGCAAAGACGAGCUCUAUGGCACGCUGGACUCGACGACGCGCGAGUGGCGCGAUGGUCUGUUCACUCACCUGCUGCGCAAGAUUGUCGAUAAUGUGCGCGGCGAGGGUAACCGGAGGCACUGGAUCAUCUUUGACGGCGAUGUCGACCCGGAGUGGGUCGAGAAUCUCAACUCGGUGCUGGAUGACAACCGACUUCUGACCUUGCCUAACGGCGAGCGUCUGGCUCUGCCACCCAACGUGCGGGUGAUGUUCGAGGUCGAGACGCUGAAGUACGCAACGCUGGCCACGGUGUCGAGGUGCGGCAUGGUGUGGUUCAGCGACGACACAGUGGACUUUGGCAUGUGCAUGCAGCGGUACCUGCGUGUGCUAGCGUCCGAGGGGCUGACCGACGCUGACGAGGGCACGAAGCUGAUUGCAUCCAUGGGCGGCAAUGCCUCCUUGUCGCCAGGUGAUGAAGGCCUAUCUCCGGCCAUGCUCGUGCAGUCCAUGGCAGCCACCGUCUUUGAGCCCUUCUUCGCCUCUGACGCGCUUGUUGAGCGCGCGCUGGCGUUUGCCGCGGACGCCGAGGCCGAUUCGAUUGACCACAUCAUGGAGUUCACGCAGGCGCGGGCGCUGAGCACGCUGACGACGCUUCUGAACAAGGCUGUAAUUGCCGUUGUCGAGUACAAUGCUCAGCACAGCGACUUCCCGCUGGGCGCCGACGCCGUCGAGUCUUUCCUGAACAAGCGGCUGGCCGUGGCCCUGGUGUGGAGCUUUGCCGGCGACGCGCCGCUGCGCGGCCGGCAGGCGCUGUCAGACUUUGUGCGUGGGGCGGCAACCAUCGAGCUGCCUCCUUUGGGCGACGGCGAGUCAAUCAUUGACUAUGACGUUGCGCUGACUGCCGAUGGCGGCCAGUGGGUUGCGUGGGGCAGCCGCGUGCCGCGUGUCGAGAUUGAGGCGCACCACGUCCUGCAGUCCGGCUUGGUUGUGCCUACGACCGACACGCUGCGGCAUGAGUCCGUUCUGCUGGCGUGGUUGUCAGAGCAUCGGCCGCUGGUUCUCUGCGGUCCGCCCGGAUCGGGUAAGACGAUGACGCUCCUGGCGGCGCUGCGCGCGCUGCCUGAUCUCGAGGUUGCGGCGCUGAACUUUUCGUCGGCGACCACUCCCGAGCUGAUCCUCAAGACCUUUGAGCAGCACUGCGAGUACCGCAAGACGCCCAGCGGCGUGACACUGGCGCCGACGGCGGUUGGCCGCUGGCUCGUCGUCUUCUGCGACGAGAUCAACUUGCCUGCCGCCGAUCGCUACGGCACGCAGCGCGUCAUCGCAUUCUUGCGUGGGCUCGUUGAGCGCGGCGGCUUCUGGCGCGCGGCUGGCCACCAGUGGGUGUCCCUUGAGCGUGUGCAAUUUGUCGGCGCGUGCAAUCCACCGACCGACCCGGGUCGCGUUGCGCUCUCGCAACGCUUCCUGAGACACGCGCCCGUCGUGCUCGUCGACUACCCUGGAGCCGAGUCGCUCCGGCAGAUUUACGGCGUGUUUGCGCGUGCUAUGCUCAAGGUGCAGCCGCAGCUCCGCGCCUACGCCGAGCCGCUGACCGGCGCCAUGGUGGACGUGUACGAGGCCUCGCAGAGGCGGUUCACGCCGGACCAGCAGGCACACUACGUGUACUCGCCGCGUGAGCUUUCCCGGUGGACGCGCGGCAUGUACGAGGCGCUGGCGCCACUGGAGUCGCUGGACCUUGACGGGCUUGUGCGGCUGUGGGCGCACGAGGGCCUGCGCCUCUUCCAGGACCGCUUGGUUGACGUUGGCGAGCGGCGCUGGACGGAUGACAAAAUUGACGAGGUCGCCAGGAGCCACUUCCCCACGGCCAACAUUGCCGUGGCCCUCGAGCGGCCGAUUCUGUUCUCUAACUGGCUCACUCGCAACUACGUGCCUGUCGGCCGCGAGGAACUGCGCGAGUACACGAAGGCGCGGCUGCGCGUGUUCUACGAGGAGGAGCUGGAUGUGCCACUGGUGCUCUUCAACGACGUUCUGGACCACGUCCUACGCAUUGACCGCGUGUUCCGCCAGCACCAGGGCCACGCACUGCUGAUUGGAGUCAGCGGCGCGGGCAAGACGACGCUGGCGCGGUUUGUCGCCUGGAUGAACGGCCUGGCUGUGUUCCAGGUCAAGGCACACCGCCGUUAUACGGCGGCCGACUUUGACGAGGAUCUGCGCGGCGUCCUGCGGCGCAGCGGGUGCCGCGGCGAGAAGAUCUGUUUUGUCCUGGACGAGAGCAACGUGCUUGACGCCGGCUUCCUCGAGCGCAUGAACACGCUGCUGGCCAAUGCCGAGGUGCCUGGCCUGUUUGAGGGCGACGAACAGGCGGCACUGAUGACUGCGUGCCGCGAGGGAGCGGCGCGCGACGGCCUACUGCUGGACUCGCCCGAGGAGCUGUACCGGUGGUUCACUGCGCAGGUCGCUCGCAAUCUGCACGUGGUUUUCACGAUGAACCCACCUGCGGCUGGGCUUGGCGCGCGCGCGGCGACGUCGCCAGCGCUGUUCAACCGUUGCGUGCUAGACUGGUUUGGCGACUGGUCCGACCAGGCACUGUUCCAGGUCGGCCGCGAGUUCACUGCGUCGGUGGACCUAGAUGACCCCAGCUUCACAGCUCCCGACACGCUGCCCGUGGCCUAUGCCGGGCUUCCAAUGCCAGCGUCGCACCGCGACGUUGUGGUCAAUGCCUUUGUCGCCGCGCACAAGGCCGUGCGCUCAGUCAACGCGCGCCUCGAGCGCCGUCGCGGCAUCGUUGCGCAUGUCACGCCCAGGCACUAUCUGGACUUUAUCGCGCAGUUUGCGCGUAUGUACUUUGCCCGGCGCGAUGCACUCGAGGAGCAGCAGAGGCACGUCAAUGUCGGUCUGGACAAGCUGCAGGCCACGGUUGCUCAGGUAGAGGAGCUCAGGUCGUCGCUAUCGGUUAAGCGCUCAGAGCUGGAGCGCAAGACCGCGCAGGCCAACGAGAAGCUGCACCAGAUGGUGGCUGACCAGCAGGAGGCUGAGCGCAAGCAGGCAGCGUCGAUUACGCUGCAGGGCGAUCUGGCCGUGCAGAACGCGGCCAUUGCCGAGCGCCGUGUUGUUGUGAUGCAAGACCUGGAGCGUGCCGAGCCGGCGGUUGAGGAGGCCCAACGCGCUGUAUCCAACAUUAAGAAGCAGCAGCUGACCGAGGUGCGCGCCAUGGCCAAUCCGCCGGCGGCUGUCAAGCUGGCGCUGGAGGGCGUGUGCACGCUACUGGGCCACCGACAGACGGCUGACUGGAAGAGCCUACAGAGUAUCAUCCGCAGGGACGACUUCAUUGCAUCGAUUGUCAACUUUGACACGGACAAAGAGCUGAGCAAAGCCCUGCGCGCCCACAUGCGUCGGACGUUCCUUGAGAGGCCUGAGUUCAACUUUGAAACCGUGAAUCGCGCGUCCAAGGCCUGCGGGCCGUUAGUCAAGUGGGCCAUAGCGCAGGUCGAGUUUGCCGAGAUCCUCGAGCGCAUCGGCCCGCUGCGCGCUGAGGUCAGGAAACUCGAGGAGGAAGCCGAGGCCACACAGUUGCAUGCAGCGACGCUGUCGCAGAUGCUACACGAGCUCGAGGCAUCGAUUGCGCGGUACAAGGACGAGUACGCGCUGCUGAUUGCCGAGACCGAGGCUCUCAAGGCAGAAAUGGCGCGCGUCGAGGGCAAGGUCGAGCGGUCCAUGCGUCUGCUCUCGUCUCUGAGCUCGGAGCGGCAGCGGUGGGAGACCGGAAGCGCAGCGUUUGGCGCGCAGAUGGCCACGCUGGUUGGUGACGUUCUGCUUGCAGCGGCGAUGCUGGCGUACGGUGGUUUCUACGACCAGCGCGACCGUGAGCUGCUUGUGCAGCGGUGGACAACGCAGGCUUUGAGGUCCGGCAUCCAAGUGCGCAGCGACAUGCGUCUGGCGGACUUUUUGUCGACGCCCGAGGAGCGCCUGGCCUGGGCUGCCAGUGGCCUGCCCGAUGACGACGCACUGGCGAUGGAGAACGCUGCGAUGCUGGCGCACCACACGCGCUACCCGCUGCUGAUCGACCCAUCGGGCGGAGCGGCGGACUUCUUGCAGAAGCAGCUUGAGUACGAGGGCCGGACACUCACUGUGACAUCGUUCCUCGACGACGCGUUUAUCAAGCACCUCGAGUCGGCGCUGCGCUUUGGCAAUGCCAUACUGAUCACUGACGUCGAGCAUCUUGACCCGAUUCUCAAUCCUGUGCUGAACCGCGAGCUGCGGCGCACCGGCGGUCGUGUCCUCAUCAGGCUGGGCUCGCAAGAUAUUGACUUCUCUCCGGCCUUCCGCCUGUUCCUGUCGACACGCGACGCGUCGGCGUCGUUUGCGCCGGACCUCUCGUCACGCGUGACGUUUGUCAACUUUACCGUGACGCGCGCGUCGCUGCAGGCGCAAUGCCUGAGCCAGGUGAUGCGGCAUGAGCGGCCGGACGUUGACGAGCGGCGUCGCGACCUCUUGCGCCUUCAGGGUGAGUUCCGCUUGCGCCUGCACGCCCUGGAGAAGGAGCUGUUGAGCGCUCUCAACCGGUCGCAGGGCAAUGUGUUGGACGACGACGCCGUAGUAGCCACGCUGGAGUCUCUCAAGACGGAGGCGGCGGAGAUUGCACGCAAGGUCGCUGAGACCGACGGUGUCAUGCGCGAGGUUGACCGUGUCACUGCGCAGUUCACACCACUGGCAAAGUCGUGCGCGGCUGUUUACUUCGCUUUGGAGCGGCUUUCGGCAUUGCACGUGUUCUACCAGUUCUCGCUGGACUUCUUCAUGGCUAUCUUCCGCCAGGUCGUCGAGCAUAACCCCAGGCUGAGAGGUGUUGCCGAUGAGAGGGAGCGGCUGGUCAUUUUGAAGCGCGAUCUGUUCCAACUGAUUUUUAGCCGGGCAGCUGUCUCCUUGCACCAUGACAGCCAGCUGACCCUGUUGAUGCAGCUGGCCCAGAUUAAGCUGCGCAGUGACGAGGAAGAGGCUGAGGAGGAUGAGGCAAUGGUGGCCAGCGGCGGCGGUACUGGUGCUGCUGCGACGGGUGUGUCACAGGAGGCGUGGGCUAGACUCAAUGCUGAUAUGGACUUUGUUCUGCGUGAGGCUACUGUUGCCACUACUGCCACCUCUAGCAGCAACAGUGGCGGGAACUCGCAUGCUGGUGUUGACGGCCAGGGCAUGGUACCACUGGUAAGCCUGCCUGAAUCGCUUGAGAGUUUGGUUGACGAGGAGACGCACCGCUCUAUCACUGCGCAUGUGCAGGGACUUGGCUGGUGCCGUUCCUGGGUGCGGUCGCUGACUGAUGAUGACUCGGCGGUGUUGGCCCAAUGGAUGGAGUUUAUGACCAGCUCUGAGCCUGAGCGCAUUAUGCCCCUGGACUCAAUUGCCGAGCCAUCGACGGCAUCGGGUUCGUCUUUGACAUCGUCGUCGUCGUUUGCUUCGGCCAGCAUUGCUCUGCGCCAACUCAUCAUUGUGCGCCUUUUGCGCCCCGACCGCGUGCUUGUUGCUGUUACGCGGUUUGCAGCUGCUGUUUUCCAAGGCCCCACCCUCGAGUCUGUCGGCAUGGUCGCCGAGGCCAACCUCAGGGAGAUCACUGUGAGCGAGGUCGAGGCGACGACGCCUGUGGCGCUGUGCUCUGUGGCCGGACACGACGCUGCAUACCGUGUGGACUCAUUGGCGGCCGAGAUGCGGCGCAGCCUGGUGUCCAUUGCCAUGGGAUCCAUUGAGGGAUUCGCGCUGGCUGAUCAGGCCAUAGCGCAGGCGGCCAAGGCCGGCACAUGGGUGCUCUUGAAGAACGUGCAUCUGGCUCCCGCAUGGCUUGGGCAGCUGGAGAAGAGGCUGCAGUCGAUGCGCGCGCACGAGCAUUUCCGCCUGUUCCUCACUAUGGAGAUCAACCCAGCGGUGCCUCUGAGCCUCCUGCGCAGGGCACGCACUCUGGUGUUUGAGCCGGCACCUGGAGUUCGCGCCAAUCUGUUGGAGAGCCUGGCGGCGAUUCCGCGUAACCAGCAUCAGCAGCAGAUGCCGGCGGAGUGCGCCAGACUGCACUUUUUGUUAGCCUGGCUGCACUCCGUGGUUAUUGAGAGGCUGCGGUAUGCGCCCCUGGGGUGGACCACGCGCUACGAAUUUAGCGAUGCUGACUUUGCCUGUGCCCUGACUACAAUUGACUGUUGGGUUGACCGCGUUGCUGGCGGCAGGGCCAACGUUGAUCCUGAGAAAAUCCCCUGGGACGCCAUCCGCGCCUUGCUUUCAGAGAGCAUCUAUGGCGGCCGUAUUGACAACCAGUUUGACUCCCUCGUGCUGGCCACUUUUGUCAACAAGCUGUUUAGGCCGGAGGCGUACGGACACGGGUUUGCGCUGGUAGAAGAUGCCAGCGGAGGUCUGCUGGCUCCCGAGGACGCUGUGAGGCUUGAAGAUUUUAUGAGCUGGUGCCAUGAGUUGCCUGAGAACGAGCCGCCCACUUGGCUCGGACUGCCGGCCAACGCUGAGACGCUGCUGCUGGUGCAGAAGGGCCAGCGCCUUAUGGCCGAUACGCGCAAGCUGCGCUCGCUAAUGGAUGACGACGACGAGGAUGAGGAGGUCACAGCAGACCACCACCACAACCAGCGGUCCCUGGCCGCUGGCGCUGCUGGCGACCAGGCCGAGCUGCCCGCCUACAUGCGUCAGGUCGAGGCUCUGGCGCUGACCUUUACGCAGUCGCUGCCGGCUACUCUGCCCCAGCUGCCCGCAGACCAGCCCAGCGCUGCUUCGCAGACGCCACUGUACCGCGUCAUUGGGCGCGAGAACACUGUUGCGCGUCAGCUCUUGGAGCGCGUGCAUCAGGAUCUACUGCACCUGCGCGAAACGUGUCGCGGCGAGCGCAAGCAAACCAACCAUUUGCGGCAGUUACUGGCGGACUUUAACUCGGGUUCGAUUCCGCGGUCGUGGGUAUCCACGUACACUGUUCCCCGGGACUACACGCUUACGCGGUGGAUGACAGAUUUCGCUAUGCGUCUGGACCAGGUGCGCGACCUGGUGCAGAGGAUUCACCGGGCGGGACAUUCGGCCGAGGAGCUCGUGCGCGAAAUGCAGGUUAACCCGGUUUGGUUGGGCGGCUUGCUUUAUCCCGAGGCCUUCAUCACUGCCACUCGCCAGGCCGUGGCCAAGCAGCUCGGGUGCUCUCUGGAGGAGCUGGAUAUAUCCCUUGGGAUGCCCGGGCAAAACGUGGAUGGCGGUUUUGCUGUUAGCGGCUUGAGGAUUGAGGGUGCCAUGUGGAGCCAUGGCGUUUUGUCGUUGAAUGAUGGUGCGGUUGAGAGGUUGGACGCUUGCUGUCUGAUGUGGACGCGCCGGAAUGGUAAAGCCGGUGUGGUGGGAUUGCCUGUGUAUUUGAAUGUUGACCGCAAUGACUUGCUGUUUGAGGCUGCGUUGCCUAUUGAUUAUGCCAAUGGCGUGAGUGAUUCCGCUGUUGUGCUGAGAGCAGUUGCUGUUGUUACGGCUUGAAAAUUCAUCGCGCUUAGCUGUGGAGUUUUCUCUUUCUUUCUUUCUUACCUUUCUAUUAUGUCAUUUAAUUGGAAAGCCCUUUAUGUUUCCGAUAAUUUCGUUAUUGUAUGUGUUUAAGUCUUUAUUUGGCCAAUAAACGAAAACUUCGUCAUAUCC